AUAAAUAGCAAGCACAUGGAGCUGACACUCACUCUCAGCUUCAAGAGAAAGGGUAUAACUAGAGAGAGAGUGAAAGAAAGUGCAAUGGGAAGCACAGAAAAUACUGAGUUAUACUUUGUUUUCAUGAACUAUGAUCCUGAGUAUCAGCGCCUUCGAGCUGACCACACAAAGCGAGGGGCCAAUCAGCUAGAUUUGUAUCUGAGCAAGAAGCACGAUGAGCUCUUAGCCCGCACACUCGAACCAGGCAGCUACAGAAAGACAUUGUCUUUAGUCAUUGUUGAUGGGUUUGCCGUGGAGAUCACUGAAGACCAGGCUAAUCUGCUUAGAUCUGCCAAUGGAGUGAGAGUUGUGGAGAAGAACCAGGAAGUUGCUUGAUGUGCUGACAGAGAUCAAGAGUCUUGUGUAGCACAUUUGUGUAUGUAAUUAGUUGGGGUAUUGUCUAUGAGUCAACUCCUGGAAUAUUUGUAUUGGGUAUUAUUGUUUAUGCCAUUAUAGUGCAACUUUUCCAUUUUCUUUUA